AUGGAUAUUCUUGAAUUGAUCAACGUUGACACGCAACAAAACGCCAACAAGCAACAUCGAUGCAAUGAAUGCAACAAGGCUUUUGGCCGUCGUUCGGAUCUUGCCCGACACCAACGUAUUCAUACUAAUGAACGACCAUAUGCGUGUGACGAACCUGGAUGCGGCAAGCGUUUCAUUCAGCGCUCUGCUCUCAAAGUCCAUAUUCGCACCCAUUCUGGUGAGCGGCCUCAUGUUUGUGAACAUCCUGAAUGUGGCAAGAGUUUCAGUGACAGCAGCUCGCUUGCUCGUCAUCGUCGAAUUCAUACAGGCCGACGUCCUUAUCAAUGCCGAUACGAUGGUUGCCACAAGAGCUUUGCACGCAAAACAGUAUUGACAAAGCAUCAAAAGCUUGCUCAUGGCCCAAUUGUUAAACGAGCCUCGUUGCAAUGGAAACCAUACGAGUUGCCUACCGAGAAACAACAACGACGUGCAUCAUCAUCGUCCACUUGUUCUUCAACAUCUUCCGUUGUAACCACACCUACGUCAUCCCCAUCCACCAGCAUGUUGGGUGCUUGUACAUCACCAGCAGCAACAUGGGGAAAUAAGGUGGUGCCUGAUACGAUGAUGACACCCCCGUCGCCAGUUCCUUCCUUGGCAUCCCCUCGAGAUACCAUCAUCAUGUCCCCUACUUCGCCUGAGCAGCAGCAUUAUCCCUUCAAUAGCAACAACCAAUUGCCACCCGUCUCAUAUUGGCGUCGUGAAUCAUGCUUCUCUCUUCCACCACUCACCAACAAUACUUUACCACCUCUUAACAAACCUUCAGCCGCUCAUCAUGAUGCAUUGCCCACGAUCAUGCUGUCAUACCCUGCUCCACCAGCAUCAGGUCCUCGACGUGAUGCCUCGUUUUGCUUUUAA